AUGGAAUGUGGAUAUCGAAAUCAAAGGAAAUUCCACCAAGUUGUAUUAAACAUAAAGGAAAAAAUUGAAAAGCAUGAUUUAAGCAAAUGGAAAAAUAUUGUAAAACCAGAAGAAGGUGCAAAAUAUAACGAAUAUUUUGAACAACUUUUGAGAGGAGACCAUGAUGGUAAUGAUAACAAGGAUGCCCAUAACAAUGAUGAAUGCGGUAAGGAGCUGAAUGUUGCCAGCACCUCUGAUAACAAUGAAAAACGUAUGGAGGAAAAAAACAAUACAAAAUUUGAGCUAAAUAAAGAAUUUUUUGACCAUAUUAAUAAUAAAGAAAAAUUUUAUUUUUUAUUAAAUAUAAAGGAAAUGAUGGAAACAAGUUGGUUAUUAUCACGCAAAAGAUUAGAAGGUAUUAAAUUAGAAGAAAAAUCCAAACCUGUUAAUGUUCAGGAAUUGAUAAAUUACUCUAAAAAAAUAGCAGACACAACAUGUGCCCCACCAGAGUGUGAUAAUAUAAAUGACAAAAUUAUGCAUCAAGAAUAUUAUCCGAAUUAUCAUUUUCUAAAUUUUGUAAAUGUAGAAGAAAUACAUUUAUCCAAACUUUUUCAAUUGCAGAAAUAUAGCACCGUUUGUUUUCCUCCAAUUAUUACAAUACAGGAAGAUGUGGACAAUUUGUUAGUAGUUAACAUUACUUGUUCAACCCCACAUGUCAUAAUUUAUUAUAGAGUAAACGAUGCGGUAAACGAACAAAUCUAUAAUGCAGAUGAGAAACCCAAAAUCGUUAAAAGGAAAAAGAUCAAUGUAUAUGCUCGGUCAGUUAGAGAGGGAUAUAUGAAAUCAAGAAUUUCAUGUAUUUCCAAAUCGUAUAAAGUUGAAGAUGAUACUUCUUCUGUCCAAGAAACUGUGUUAAGUAAAAAACUUGAGGAACAAUCAUUAGAUACUUUAAAAACAGAUAACGAUGCAAAUGUAGCUCACAAAUCAUCACAAAUGACAAAUGUAUUUAAAAAUUUAGGUUUCUUACUAAGUAGAAAACGGGAAAAAACAGAAAUGUUGUCAUCAAAUGAUGAGUCAUCCAGUGAUGGUUCGAAGUAA